UAAUAGGGCUUUGGAGCUUCGCCCCCUUUUGCCUUCUCUUUUUUCCCAUACCGAAUUCCGAUAAUGUCGCACAAAUACUAAAUGAGAGGUAAUCCCUGGUGCAUUAAGUGCACUAAUGGAUCUCACAAAAUCAUCCUCCCAGAUGAUAAGCGGAGGUCCCGGACAGUGAUAUUCUUCACCAAAGGAGGCGGUCUCCCCGGGUACAGCACUCUCAUCCUCCUCGUGCCGGAAUACGAUUGGGUAUCACGAUUCUCACUGCCGGAGAGGAGACAUACCUUGAUGUAUUACCGGAAGUGACCACCGUUCCACUGAUUCGUGCGACUGAUGAGCUUGCUGCAGGGCAGGUGAAGGAAACAUAUGUGGGGAGAUAUACUUUUCCUUCUACCAAGGAGCG